AUGAAGGCAGCAAACAACGUCCUUCUACUAGCCACUGCAGCCUUAAGUACUGCUCAGGUCAUCAAGAAUGGCAACGGCACCUACACUUGCGCUCUUCCAUCAGGUGCAUACUGUGUAUCAGCUUCCCUCGAGAGCAACAUGAUCAUUCGUUGCACUAAUGGCAUCGGGUAUGCCAGCGAUUGCGAUGAUCGUCUCGCGGACAAGGCCCCUCUGGGUUCGUCCUACUCGCCCUGCUGGCAGGCAUCACCCCGAUCUGGCAAUGCACAAUGCUCCAAGAACGGAAUCAUCUAUCCUGAUGGCAACAACACAACACCCUAUCCAAUUCCCAACUAUCAAAAGAUCAGCGCCAGUAUCUCUAGCGCUGCCACAGCGACCACUGAGGCAACCAAAUGGCCAUACAAUGCCAACUUCACCACAUUCACAAGUACCUCUACAUCGACAAACACGCACACUACGACUGUCUACAUUUCAGGGGCCCCUCAGGCUGCAUAUGGGAACUCGACAUCAUCUGAUCCAAAUGCAACUCUGAAUGGAGAUCUCGCACUUGCGACUGCCUCCUCUUCAACCUCAUCAUCAGCACCCUACCUGCCAUACUUCCCUGCAGUCGUCCUGCCCACUUCAACACAGUACACCACCGACAUGGUUUACAGCUACACAACUGUUUGUCCAGCUGGCGCGACGGUCACCGAUUCUGCAGGCGCAGAAGCCGUACUGGCCACUCCCUCGACCAUUACUUUGACCACCACAAGCCAAACCACCCUCACUGCUACCGCGGUCGUCUCCCUGAACUCGCCUGUCUUUGCAUGGGACGUCUCCAGUACUUCUACGACGACUGAGUACGCACCUGUGAUGACAGCUGUUGCUGCUGCUCCGUACUCCUGGAGCAAUCAGACAUGGAGCAAUGCCACUACUCUGACUGUUGUGGGCACUGCUGCACCUGCUCCUGCGGCUUCAUCUUCUCCUUACCCGGCAUGGAACCAAACUGUUGUGCCAUACACAGGAGCCGCAGGCAAAACCGGUGUUUCCUUUGCGGCUGCUCUGCUUUCCCUGGCAGCAUUGUUGUGA